CACACACACACACACGGAACAGGAGUGUCAGGUGUCUUACUGUGCAUUCUGUCUCUUCUUUCUGUAUUUCUGUGGAAGCAGGUGACGCAGUGAAGGUGUGGAGAGUUUCAAACGAACGACAGAAAUUCUGCGGCAUGAACAAAAUCUAAAGCAAGCAAACAAACAAGCAAACAAACAAACAAAAGUCCAGACGAGAAGCAGCUCAAACACCAGGGCGUGACGAUGGAGUCGGCGCCGUUCAGUCGGAAUCAGUGGUCGUCUCAGUCGUUACGCAUCACGGCCAAGGAGCUGUCGCUGGUCAGCACUCGAGGGAAACACAACGCCAUCGCUGAACGCUUCUCCAAAUAUCAGAAGGCUGCAGAGGAAGCAAAUGCCGACAAGAAAAAAGCACCUGUGGAGAGCCUGCCGUCUGCCGUCCGCUCGGGGAACCUGAGCGCGUUGAAGAAGCGCUGGGAGGAGAAGCGACAAAACGCAGCGUCCGUGUCCACACCAGUCCCUCCAGCAGAACCUCGACCUCUGACUCGCUCCAACAGCUUCAGACCUGCGAAGGUUCAGGUACUGAAGAAAGCUGAGGUGGAGGAAGUGAUGGAGACGAAGAAGGAGAUGAAACAGGAGACAAAGCAGGAGACAAAGCAGGAGACGAAGCAGGAGACCAAACAGGAGACCAAGCAGGAGAGGAUGCAGGAGACCAAGCGGGAGAUGGAGCAGGAGACGAAGCGGGAGAUGAAGCAGGAGACGAAGCAGGAGACCAAGCGGGAGAUGGAGCAGGAGAUGAAGCAGGAGACGAAGCAGGAGAGCAAGCGGGAGAUGGAGCAGGAGACGAAGCAGGAGACGAAGCAGGAAAGGAAGCAGGAGACGGUGGUGGAGGAAGAGGAGAAGAAGGAAGUGGAGGUGCUGUCCAGCUCGGAGAAACCAAGCGUCGCUCUCAACAGCCUCAAGAUGAUGUUUGAGAAAGGACAAACCAAGGUACGACGCAUGAACAGCACUUCAGAAGACUCGGACAUUCGACCAGCAGACAGAGGUUUGGUCUCACUGGAACGAUCCAAGUCUCUGAGGGACAGAAUGGCGAAGUAUCAGGCCGCCGUGUCCAAACAGGACUCCCGCAGUCCUCAGAGCUCGUCGACCCCGGCUGAGAUCGAAGUCAAAAGUUCAGCGGUGGAUCUGAAGGAAAAUGCGCCUCCUAGUGGUGGAGACCAGACUGAGAAAGAGAGCGCAACUUCAGAAUCGAUGAGCACUAAACCCAAUGGUGUGUUAGCGGAUACAGGAAGUUCGAGCACUGCAGCGUCUGAGCCAGAAACCAACGACGCGCCCAAAUUUGUCCGGGGGCAGAAGUAUCGUGCUUCUGUGCGAGAGACUUGCGUUGCUUGCCAUAAGACUGUUUACCCGCUGGAGAAACUCGUGGCCAAUCAGCAAACCUUCCACAACUCCUGUUUCCGUUGCGCUCACUGCAACACCAAACUCAGCUUGGCCAACUUCGCCUGCCUGCACGGUAGCAUCUACUGCAAACCUCACUUCAACCAGCUCUUCAAGUCCAAAGGUAACUACGACGAGGGCUUCGGACACAGGCCUCAUAAGGAGCUGUGGACGGCCCGAGGUGACGACGAGGAGAACGAAGAGUCUGAAAAGCCAAAAUCUGCUUCACCUGACCCCAUCCCAGUUAAACCAGCCAGUUCAGGAAAAGUCUUGGAUCAAAAUUCCACAGUUGAGGAAGCUCCAAUAGCCAAAGUCACCGAUCUUGCAACAUCUCUGGAGACCAAAACUCAGCCACCGGUUAAAGAAAUGGAGAAACCUGCAGCUUCUGUGGAGACAAGAAGACUGAAGAUCACUUGGCCACCACGUGCUGAAGGUUCCAGUUCUGCUCUCGAAAGCGGAAAGAGCCCAGUUAGAGUCUUCAAGCUAAAAUGGCCACCAGAGGACGAGGUCCAAUCCAAUCUGGAGAGCACAGAGCGAGUGGAGUUGAGGAAUCUGAGACGCAGUGCAUCUCUCAAAGAGCGAAGUCGACCUUUUUCUGUGGCACCAAGGCUGGAAUCCACCAAUCAGGACCAAUCACGCCCCCUCAAGACCACUUUGGUGAGGCGUGGCUCUCUAGAGCUUCGUUCAACUUCCAAAAUACAGAUUGUCCAGAAGGAGAAAGGCGAGGAGAGCUCAGAAGCGAGAAAGCCCUCCGUGUCAGACCACAAGGCUUUAAACAGCAGUGAAGUGGAGGUUCCUCCAAAACAAGAGGAGAAACCCAAAAUCCCACAAUCCAUCCUAAAACGGUCACAGUCAAACAAAAGUGAAGCUUUCGAUGACAAGAUGGAGGCUGAGGAGAAACCAAAAAAACCCCUGGAACUUAAGAAAACAUCACCUCCCCUAGCUGCGGAGAACAACAGGACGUCGCAAGAUGUCGGUUUCUGGGACGGAGAAGAAGCAGAAGAAUCCUUCACUGUGGAGGAGCUGAUCAAGAGGAACCGAUGCUACGAAGAUGAAGAUGAUAAUGAAGAAGUUGCUGAAGUUUGAAACCACUCAUCCCUCAGGAUCUGCUCAGACUCUGACAGCGUUAUUAGAUUAAUGAAAAGUAAUUCGAAAAAAGCCAUAAAUGGUCGAGGUGACGAGGUUCUUCUUCUUAUUAUUUUAUUUUCAUCUUCAUCAUCUCUAUUUCCAACUGGAUUUAAAAAAAAGCACAUUAUUUUAUUGCUGGUGCUCGUAAUGUGACCAUUUUAACCACUGUUCUGUUCUGUUCUGUUCUGUUUUGUUCUGUUUUGUUUUGUUCUGUUUUGUUUUUUUUAGAGCUGGAACAAAAUGCUGUUUUUAUUGUUUAGGGUUUUUAAACUCCAUGGUUUCACUUCCACAAUUUCUCUCUCAGCAGCCCUACUGGAACCAAAUUAAUUUUUUAUUUAUAUAUAUUUUUUAGUUUUUCAAGGGUUUGUUUUUAAUCUAUCUUUUGCCUGCUACAACCCUGUAAUUGGUCCAUUUGUCCAGAGAACCUUUAAAUACCUCCAGCAAUCACAAAAUCACAGCUGUUUUGGACAAAUUUUUCAAAAAUGAGAAAAUUAUGAAUAGUUGCUAUCGACCCUAUCACUGCAUCUCCAUAUUUCCUCUCUUGGAGCAUGCUGAAAUGAAGCUUACGUCAAUCAGAAGAUUGUAAUUAGUUAUAUAAUGAGAGCUACAGGGAUAAAACCUCAGUUUAUUUUGCCUUUGAAUACAAUAUUAUGCAGAUUGUACCGUUAAACGUCCUAGAGCAUGGAUAUAAAGGGAGAAUAGUAGCGGGCCUAAAGCAGAGCCUUGUGGAAUACCGUAUUGUCUUAUCUUGUAAUAUCAGGUGUAAUAAAAUAUUAUAAAUAUUAUAGUAUAAAAUAUAAAGUGUUCUGUCUUAAUGAAUAUUUUAGAAAUAAACACUGAGGAAGCUGUAUUGUUGGAAAAGCAAGGAAAAGUCAAUUAUCGAUCGCUUGUUAUGACGUUACCGGUUAACAAUAAGUUAUAAUAUUAUAAACUGUAGCAUUGUAUAAAUAAAAACAAAUAUGAUCAUGUGACCAGGUGAGACGCAAAUCUCCAGAUUCAUUAAAAAAAGAAAUCUGUCUAGAAACAAACACCGUCAUAAUAGGACUAAUGUCUUAACAUCUAUUUCUUCAUUUUUGAAAAAUUCUGCAGUAACAAAUUAAACUGGCCAAAUUAUUUAAUACAGCAUUUUUUUUUUGUUUAUAAAUUUGUUGCAAUACAAUAAACUGGAACAAAAUAAGUGACAAAAUAUCUUUAAUUAAAAUGAAUACUUUUACAGUUUACGUUUUAAAAUGUACGUUUUAUCUUUUAUAUGUCAAUGACUCAUGCUGCAGUUACUUUCAUUUUACACCAAAUCUUUAAAAUGUUUUUUUUUUCUUAUUUAUACUUGAUUUAUUCUUUGCUUUUAAGACAUGCAAGAGAUCUCUCUCUCUCUCUCUCUCACACACACACACACAUAUACACACACACACACACACACACACUUUUAAUUAUGCUAUCAUGUUAACGGGAUUAUCAUCUGGUCGUCUUUUACGUCUGAAGCCCAGCAAAGUGCCUCUCGAUUUUUGUCUUAAUGAUCCGUCUUAACAUUUAAUGUUAAUGAUUCGGAUUUUUAUGCAAAUGUUUUAUAUUCUGUCCUUUAUGACGAGACCAAACAAAGGUUUACCUUAAAAUGUAAGACACCUUGGUGAAGUGUAAGGCUUUAAUAAAUUUAAUAAAUGAUUUAAGAGACUUA